AAUGGUGGAACGGAUUCUGUGACAUUUCCAAGGCACUGUUCGUUUUCUGAUACGAAAAUAUCAAUAAUGAUCAAUAUUUCAAGUGAAAUAGCAGAGGCGAUAAUAUUUCUAUAAUAUUUCGCUCCAUCUUAAUAUAAAACUUUGAGGAUGUGUGAUGUUUGUUCCGAGUUUUCACAUCUUUUAGUGAAUUGUGAAACGCGAUUAACCGAUGAUGUGUCCCAAUACCCAAGUAUAAGCCAAUCUGAACUGGAAGUACUUCUAAAUUACAUUCUUUCGUGGCCACAAAGGCAAUGUAUGUGCUGUUACCGAGAUGUAAAAAAUUUUGAAAGGUUUUAUUUGGUGGUCCAAAGUGUAUUGUGUUUGUCUGUGUGUCAACUGAAGUUGUUAAAGGAUGAAUUAAUAGAAGCCGCAAGUACUCCUCCCCCUGAUGAUAAACUAGAUACAGAGAAGCAGACCGAAACUUCACCUAUAACUGAAACUAAGCAGGAAAGAAAAGAUCAAGAAGUUGAAGAUGCAGGAAAUAAAGAUGAUAAGCUUGACAAAUCAACCGAAGACAGCUCAAACAAUGAAAAUUCUACUUCAAAUGAUACAGAAACAUGGACAAUGCAGCAAAAAGAAAAACUCAUGCACAUUGUUUCCAAGAUUUUUCUCCUCAAUUUUCCAUUAUAUUUGGCAUGUAAACAUUCAGCAUUGAGCCACUUGGAAAAUCUAUCAGCACAAGAAAUAUCAAAUUUAAGUUCAUACUGUGACCUUCAUGAUACAGAAAUACCAGCUUACCUGUUGAGGAAUGUUAGUCUGUUUUGUAAGCUUGGUGGUGUGUGUGCUAUGACAUCCGUUUUUGAAUAUGCAACACCUACAACACUGCCACUGUCUAUGGCACAUGCUGUAGUGGCAGCUGUUGGGAACUUGAAAUUAUGGCUGAAUUUCAGAGCUGUAGCUCAAUUGUUUAUGCCUUUGAGAAGUAAAAUUUUGAAAUACAUGUGCAGUUUAGAAGACAAAGACUUAAGGGUUCCUGCUGUUAAGUCAAUGGCUGAUUUUAUGUGGGGUGCGGCCAAAGAGCCUUUGGAUGCUCCACUAGCUUUUGAUGGAGAUGGCUUAGCACUGGCUUUCAAGUACUUCAACAGCAGCACUCUCACAAUGCGUCUGGCUGGUGUAGCUCAAAUCAAUGCACAUAUUACUGCCCAUAAUGAACUGUGUGCGGGCGAACCAGCAGUGGAUGCGGAACUGGCUGGUCAACAACUUGCCACAUGGUUAACUAAUAAUAACAUCAUUGAACAUUUGUUUGGACCAAAUUUACAUGUUGAGGUGAUAAAGCAAUCGCACAUGAUACUGAAGUUCCUAGCAGUAGAAGGUCGCGUGACAGCCGAGCAUGUGGAGCUGGUGUGGGCAGCCGCGCAGCUGAAGCACUGCGGCCGGCAGGUGUACGAUCUACUGCCCGGCUUUAUACGGGCACUAGCGCCCAAACCUUGCACACAUCUCUAUAGUCUGCUGUGCGCUUUGCCACCUAAGGAACACACAGAACAAAGUCUGUAUUUGGCAUCAGCACUAAUGCGUGCGAUGUGGGCGCGGGGCGGGGGCGGCGCGCUUGGCUCCCCGCCGCCGCCCGACGAGCCUCGUCAGCCGGCGCCCGCCUGCAAGCCGCACCACAACUCCUCCUCGGAGGCGAGCGUCAGCAUGGACCAGACCAACUCUGAUGAUGACCCGUGUGAAGAACUUAGCACAUCAGGUGAAGAGGCAGGUCCUACGCCGCGGAAACAAAGCAAGCAUCAACGUGAAUUGACCGCUGAACAAGAGUGGCUGCGCGAAGGAGAAGAACUAACUAAGAAAGAAUGUUCUACACUCAAAGCUUGUCAAAAACGCAGCAAGCGCGCCGGCAGCAGCGGCAGCGCCAGCAGCGGCGCGGAGGAGCUGCUGCGGCCGCGCAAGAAGAAGCUCUACAAGAAGCGGCACAAGCCCGGCAAGGCGAGGCACUUCCUAGCGACGCAGCUGAAGAGCGCGGAGUUGGCGGAGUCUGUGUCGGAGGUGGAGGAGGAGUCCUCCGGCAGCGACACCGCGCACUGCCAGCUGCUCUGCGACAAUGUUGAUGCUCGAAGACUCAUGGAGCUGCGGCUGAUGGAGAGCUACAAGCGGCGCGAGGAGGAGGAGGGCAGCGCGUCCUCCGCCGUGUCCCCGCACUCGCACCGCCACCUGCCGGACCUCGAUGAAGACGACUCCGCCUGCGAGGAGGAACUGGCACGGCUCGCAGCACAGGCGCAGUGCCUGACGGAGUACCGAGGCGGGGGUGGGGGUGCGGGUGGGCGGCCGCCCUCUCCUGCGGCGCCGCUGCCCUUCAACGUGGACGAGGUGUGCCGCCCCGGCAACACGCUGCUGUGGGACCUGCUGCAGGACGGCGCCAUUGAGCAACUUGGCGAGGGACUCGCGCUGGAGGCGGAAAAGGCUCUCUGUGCGUUGCUGUGCUUCAGCACUGACAAAUUUAUACGUAUCAAGUUCAUUGAAGGUUGCCUCGACAACUUAGCUAAUCAUAGAUCUGUGGCAGUUUCUUUACGCUUAUUGCCAAAGUUGUUCUCAUCAUUUCAACAGUUACGAGGAAUGGAUAUGCACCAGGUGGUGAUGUGGGCGGAGCGCGAGCGCGGUAUGAUGCGGCUGUUCGUGGAGGACCUGCGGCACUACACGCAGGGGGUGCGCGGUGCGGCGGGUGCGGGGGGCACGGCGGGUGCAGCGGGUGCGGGGGGUACGUGCGUGGCGGCGGGUGCGGGGGGCGCGGGCGACGCGGCGCACUACGCACACAUCACGGAACUCACAGUGCGCCUGCACUUCCUCACCGCUAUAUUCUCACCAGUCGGCUCGCCGCAGCACUUCAGGUUGACGGUGGAGCAGGUGGAGGAGCUGUGGCAGUGCCUGGUGGUGCGCGGCAGCAGCGAGUGCGCCGACUGCCUCUACUCGUGGCUGCUAUCGCACACCAAGUCGCCGGAGCAGCACGCACUCGGCCUUGACGCGCUGCGCUUCCUGUAUAUCGAGAAGAUGCCCACAUUGGAUCCUGAGACGAUAAGCAUAAUGGGUCUAAGCCUGUACCAGCAGUUGUGCAACUUGGCUCGCAUGGCGCUGGGGUCUGGGGACUCGCGCGACGCCGCGCAUCCCCACACCCUCGCCAUGGACCAUCUCUGGAAGAUCGCACUCAGAGCUAACAGCACAGAUGUAUCAAUGGGCGCCAUCCAGUACCUGAACAGUUAUUACAUGGGCCAACAAUUACAACAGGAGGACGAUUUCGUAUCGAAAUGCAUGUUCCAUCUUUCUUCAGCAGCGGAGAGAUUGAUCUCGAAGAGCCAUGACACGGAAGAAGCUUCGUUAACUCAAGCCGAAGAUGUAGAGAAAAAGGAUACGGAGAAAACUUCUGAUAAACAAAAUAUUUACGAACAUAUGACAGAUGAAGCGGCGUUACAAUGUAUACAGAGGGCGCUACUGUUGCUCAAAACACAUUUGGAUACAUUCAAAAGAAGAUACGCGUACCACUUGCGUCGCUGGGCGCUCGCGGAGUCCGGCGCGUGGGAGGGGUGCGGGGGCGCGGGCACGGUGCGCCUGACGCUGCAGCCCGCGGGCGCCGGCCCCCGCGCCACCAUAGCGCUGCACCAGGCGGACCUGGUGGCGCAUCUGCGAGCCCACGUGCAUGUCUGGUGGGAGAAACAGAUACAAGGUGAAGAGGGCGUUACUGCGCUGUCGACUGACGGUCCUCUGCGAAUGAUAACUCAAGGGCAGGAAUUGACAAUUGACUAUGAUGAAAGGACGCUAUAUGACAUGGGGUUUAAGGAUAAUCAGCUGGUGUUCGUGUCAGUGGGCGUGGGUGGGCGUGGCGCGUGGGCGGAGUGGCCGUCAGCCCAGCCCGCGCCGGCGCGCGCGCGCCUGCCCACGCUGCUGCUGCUCGAUCCUACUUACUUCCAUCAGCUGUUCACGCUGAUGCAGGCAUUGGGACAGAUGAAGGAGCCUGGUACUAAUGGGGAACUCGUAGCGCACACAAAAGCGCAGCUGCUAUCGAGACGCGUGUGGGAUAUUCUACAAGCGGUGCCUUUAAAUCCAACACUUCUAGAGGCCUUCCAAAACCCAAUAGAGAGCAAGCUACCAGAAUUACUCGACCCCACCAGUCCACAAAAGCUCAUGUACUCUCUACAUAUUAUUGACAAACUGAGCUCUAAUAAUAAUGGUCCGAAUGUGAAAGACUCACCCGGAAUUAUCGAGAAGACUGAAGAAGAAAAAGUUGCGGUUGAAAAUUGGAAUGAUCUCUUUAUAAAGAAGGGCGGAUUGAGGAUAUUGUACGAUAUCAUGAUGUCAGGUGUAUUACAACGCAAUGACGACAGCGAAUGGAGGCAGGACUGUCUCGCUUUGUUGCUGCAACUUCUCUGCCGCAUCGGGACUUUGCCUACAUCCGACUCCGCUCAGACACCCAAAUUACAUCCCGCUCUACUAUCUCUGAUGAGUGUAGAAGAAACGACUGAAAGAUUAAUAUCAAUAUUGUGCGAAGCUGCCGCUGUUAAAGAACCCACUACGUACAAGACAGGGUUCUGGGGCAGAGCUCAGGUGGUGCAGCACGCGAUGCGCAUGUGCGUGUGGUGGGCGCGGGGCGGCGGGGACGCGGUGGCGCUCGCCUGGUCGCUGCGCCGCGCCGCGCCACGCCUCCUGCUAGACGAUGCCGAUCCAGCGGUGCGUCGCGAGGCGGGCGGCGCGCUGUACCGGCUGUGCGCGGGCGGCGAGGUGGCGGUGCUGGCGCCGCUGCUGCAGCUGCUGCUGGAGCACCUGCCGCGCGCCGCGGACAUGCGCCCGCACCACCUGCAUCAUCACACGCAACAUCAUGAUGUUGUACAUCAUCAUGCAGAAGAAGGCAAGGAGCCUUACGGGCCCGCGUGUCGGGACUACUUUUGGCUCGUCUGUAGGCUCAUUGACGGACUACCUGAAGAUUUUUUUAAAGAUGGCGCCACUUCCGAAGACAGCGGUGCUCCGGAUCUGAACGAGCUGUGCGAGCAGAUCCGGUCGUCGUUGGAGAAGCGAGAGAUAAUAGAGAAGCGCGCGGAGCCGUGUGCGCCGGACGACGGGCUGUACGGCCAGCUCAGCCUGCUCACACAUCUGCUGAAGCACCCGCUCAGCUUCAAGACUUCGGAGCAGGGGACUAGGACAUUGGAAAUGGUAUUCGGCUUUCUAUUCGACGUACCGAAUCCCGAGCAGCGCAAGCUACCUAAAUGCAAGUCUCAGAAGUCUCGCGCGGCCGCGUACGACCUGCUGGUGGAGCUGGUGCGCGGGGCGCCCGACAACUACAUGGUGCUGCACAACAAGCUCAUGGAACAUCAUAAACCUGGUCCUCAGUCCGGCUACCCGUGGGACUACUGGCCGGCGGAGGAGUCCCGCUCGGAGUGCGGCUACGUGGGGCUGACGAACCUGGGCGCGACGUGCUACAUGGCGUCCUGCAUGCAGCACCUGUACAUGAUGCCGCAGGCGCGCGCCGCCGUGCUUGGCGCAGACCCCGCGCACAGCCGCCACGCCGCCACGCUGCACGAGAUGCAGAGGAUGUUUGCAUAUCUCAUGGAAAGCGAAAGGAAAGCUUACAAUCCUCGUAGCUUCUGCAAAGUUUACCAGAUGGACCACCAGCCGCUGAACACGGGCGAGCAGAAGGACAUGGCGGAGUUCUUCAUCGACCUCGUGUCUAAGUUGGAGGAGAUGACGCCCGAACUUAAGAAGUUAGUCAAGACUCUGUUCUGUGGUGUGCUCAGCAACAAUGUUGUUUCACUGGACUGUUCGCACGUGUCCCGUACCCUGGAGGAGUUCUACACGGUGCGGUGCCAGGUGGCGGACAUGCGCAACCUGCACCAGAGUUUGGACGAGGUCACUGUCAAGGACACGCUGGAGGGAGACAACUGCUAUACGUGCUCCCAGUGCUCCGCCAAAGUACGCGCUGAGAAGAGGGCAUGCUUCAAGAAGCUGCCUCGUAUACUCUGCUUCAACACGAUGAGGUACACCUUCAAUAUGCUGACGAUGCUCAAGGAGAAAGUCAACACUCACUUCUCCUUCCCGAUGAGGCUGGACAUGUCAGGAUAUGUGGAGAAACAUCUCAUGCCGGCGCAGUACCAAGAGGAGAAAAGAAAAUCGGAAGAGUUAAAGAAGGAUUGUGAAGGGAGUCCAAGCGCGGAGAGUGAGGACAAUUCCGAGUUUGAAGAACAUUAUGAGUACGAACUGAUCGGUGUGACGGUGCACACGGGCACGGCGGAUGGCGGGCACUACUACUCGUUCAUCCGAGAGCGCGACCGCGACCACGCGGACCGCUGGCUACUGUUCAAUGACGCAGAGGUCAAGCCAUUCGACCCCGCGCAUAUCGCUGCUGAGUGCUUCGGAGGCGAGAUGACCAGUAAAACGUACGACUCGGUGACGGACAAGUUUAUGGACUUCUCGUUUGAGAAGACGAACAGUGCGUAUAUGCUGUUCUACGAGCUGAGUCCGCCGCGGCCGGCGCGUGCUAGUGACAGCGGUGGACCUGAUGAACCUCAGUCGUCGACUGCGGAGGAAUGCAGCGCGAGUACAAGCGAGCAGUUGGAGCGGCGCUGCGGGGCGGCGCCACCCGUCACUUUCCCACCGGACCUGCUCAAGUGGAUCUGGGACGACAACAUGCAGUUCCUACAUGACAAGAAUAUAUUCCAGCACGCUUAUUUCACGUUCAUGGGGCAGAUGUGCAGCUCGGUGCCGCAGUCGCUGCUCACGCUGCGGCCGGAGGUCACCGAGCUCGCCGCGAGGCUCUCCACAUCCUUCUUUAUUGAAACAUUUAUACAUGCUAAGGAAAAGCCGACAAUGGUGUCAUGGGUGGAGCUGGUGACGAAGCAAUUCAACGCGUCUGCGGCCGCCUCCGAGUGGUUUCUUGGUCACAUGGCGGACGAUACUUGGUGGCCUAUGCAGGUUUUAAUAAAAUGUCCGAAUCAAAUGGUGCGUCAGAUGUUCCAGAGGCUGUGUAUGCAUGUUAUUCAAAGGCUGAGAUCUAGUCAUUGCGCCCUGUAUCUGCAGGGUGUGGAGGAGGGCGAAGAUAACAGUAAGCUGGGCGAAGCAAGCUGUGUUACUAGGUUUAUAAGGAUGUUAUUGUCAUUGAUGGAGAACGGUGCGAGGUCUCACUUGCGCCACCUGACGGAGUACUUCAGUCUGCUGUACGAGUUCAGCAAGAUGGGGGAAGAGGAGGGCAAGUUCAUGCUGCGUAUCAACGCCAUAUCCAGCAUGGUCAGCUUUUACCUAGGACAGAACUCUGCCGCGGCGGAUUCCCCGUGCGAGGAGGCGUGCGGCAGCGGGGGCAGUGGCGGCAGCGGUGGUAGCGGUGGUAGCGGUGGCAGCGGCGGCAGUGGCAGCGGGGGCGGCGUGGAGAGCGGCGACAAGCUGCGGCCCGGCGCACUCGACAAGAUGGUGGCGCUGGUCGCUGGACUGGUGGAGCGCUCGCGUGAUGCCAGCGGACAUCUCGCGCUGCCAGAGUCUGAUGCACGAGCUUUACUUCAUGCCAAGGGGUUUCCCUUUAUCUACCAACAGACUCGAGACUGUUUAAACUUGCAACAGACACGGUCGCUUAUCUUCGCUCUCUGCCGCUGGAACGAGUCGCUCGCGCAGAAGAUCGUCAACAUGAUAUUUCAAGCGAUCGCUAAACAUUCAGAAAGCUGCGGGGCGCUGUUCAAGCUGCUGACGCUGCUGGUGGAGGGCAGCGGGGGCGGCGCGGGCGCGCAGGGCGGCCUGCCGUGCUUCACGCAGCUGGUGCUGGCGCGCCUCUGGGACGCCGCCGACGUCUGCCCGCACGCAGCCCUCGAGUGGCUCGCCUUACAGGUACCUCGCAACAAGGCGGCGCACGCGUGGGCGCUGCGCACGGCGGAGCGGUGGGUGGAGGCGCAGCUGCUGGCGGCGGCGGCGGCGCGGGUGCGCGCGGCGGCCGCGCUGCUGCUGGUGGCGCUGGUGCCCUCGCAGCACUUCCGCGCGGGGUACGCGCGCACGCGCCCGCAGCCUGCGCCCGCGCACCACCUCGCCAAGCUGCCAGAUACGGCGCAUCAUACGCUGCAUCAGGUGUAUACGAUGCUGCUGGGCAAGCUGAAGGCGGCGCGCAAGUACACGGACAUCGCGGUGCACGGCACCAUGAAGCUCACCGCCUACUUCGGCGUCAUGUCGUACUGUGUCGUCAGUCGCGUUGAGAAACUUAUGUUUGGUCAGUACUUCAACGAUCUAUGGGAUCUGUACCAUCCGUCGAUCAGCGAGCCCUCUGUGGCGGUGCAUCCCAACAAGCAGGCGCUGCUCACCUUCUGGCACGCCGUCUGCAUCGACUGCCCAGAGAAUGUGCAGCUCGCUAUCGCCAACCCGCGCCUCAUCAAGCACAUCGCAUUCAACUAUAUACUCGCUGAUCAUGAGGAUGGCGAGGUGGUAGCGUACAACCGCGCGAUGCUGCCGCCGUACUACGCGCUGCUGCGGCUGUGCUGCCGGCGCUCCGCCGCCUUCGCGCGCUCGCUGGCGCAGCACCAGAACGUGCACUGGGCCUUCCGCAACAUCGCGCCGCACGCGCAUCUAUACCCUGGCGCCGCUGACGAACUCCUCAGACUGGCGCGCAUCCUGGCGGCGCGCGGCGGCGGCUCGGGCAGCAGCGGCAGCGAGGGCGUGGACAGCCGCGAGGCCGCCGCCUUCCGUCGCAGCACGCUCUCUGCAUACUUACAGGGUUUAAAUGGAAGGACUUGUUGGACGACGUUAAUAUCAGCUUUCUGUACAUUAGUGGAGAACGAAGACGACAGACUGUACGUUGUGUACAAUGGAGGAUUGCAAAUGACUUUCGAGGCGCUGCACAGCCUGCACGCGGUGUACGUGGAGGGCGGCGGCGUGGGCGGCGGCGGGGGCGGGGCGGUGCGCGCCGAGCUGACGGCGGCGCUGCGCUGGGCGCGCGCGCUCUGCCGCACGCUGCGCACGCGCCGCGACGCCAAGGAGGCGCGCGCGCUGCUGCUGGCCUGCAAGGACUGGCCCGAGUGCGCCAGGCGGCUGCUCACCAUGCUCAACCUGCACCAGCGGCUCAGUCAUUUGCGGCUUGCGGCACUUGGCGUGCUCCGUGAGUUGGUGUUGAUAGGUGGCGGCGCUGCGUUGGGUGCACUGGUGCCGCUGGCGGCGGGGGCGCACGCGGCGGUGCGCGGCGCAGCUCGCCCGAGGACGCGCACGCCGCUCGCCGCGCACUGCACCACGCGCACUGCGGCGCAACCUCACACACCACUCGCGCCCGUUUACAGACCUUACCACAAGUUUAUAGAUACGUGUUGCCGAGUGGCGCGCAACCAGCGCUGCAUGUCGGAGCAGCUGGUGCUACUGUCGGCGCUGUGCGCGCUGGAGGCGGCGCCGCUCAAGUUCAAUUACUUCGCCGCCUUCUGGCGCGACGUCGCCAAUACACCGGCGGAUGCCAAGCUGGAGGAGAUGUUGCUGGAGUGCGCGGUGGUGACGGAGUACGUGGACGCCGUGCUUCUGGACGAGCGCGACUCCCUCGAGGACCCCGCCAUAUACGAGUUCAUGCAGCACUACUACCCUAAGUAUUGCGGUAUGUCGAGCCCGUCUGUGGCGUCUGGUUCUUCGAGUGUCGCUAGCGGGUCGGUGCCCCCUCGACCUGCGCCUGCGCCCGCGCUAGACACUCCUACAGUGCCAUGGACGUUUGUGACAUUUGACACUACGAGAAUAACGCCACGACAGCGAAGCCUCAAUGUCUACACACAUAUAGUGCUGUGA